AUCAACAACCACAUCGAGCAGUGCGCAAAGAAAUAUUUUGGGUGUGUGUGUGUGAAUAGAGUGAAGGCAGGAAUAAAACAUAAAAACCGUUAUCACGUAUAAAUGCUUACGAAAUAAAGCGAAAAGCUUCUGAAAUUAAAUAAUUAAAUGAUUUCUACUAUGUUUCUACUGUGACGACACAAUUCAGAUUUCUUUGACGCCGCGAUCUAAAGGUACCGUUGGAAAGAGGACUAGACUAAAAAAUGUAUAGGGUUAUAGGUACCGCAGAUGCCUAGUUUUCGAGAUAUUCGGCUUUAAAAAUUAAUAAUUUCCUCAAGCAAUUUCACAGACUUUUUUUUAUAUACAUACAUACUUGAUGGGCACGAUUCCGAUUACUUUGGCGGUCGGGGUUUGACAACUCAGGAGCAGGAAUAUAUAUAAAUAUUCUUUAUUGGUCUUUUGGUUUUUGAAAUAUUCAUGUUUAAAAGUCAUUUUUUUUUUUAUAAAUAACACAUGAUAUUUCACACACUGUAACGCUAUUUUUUCACAUUUUUCACUUCACAUAUUGUAAAUUACACUAUUAACAUUCAAUUUAAUUCAAAAUAUAGAUUUAUUUAAGGUCUUUUAUACAAAAAUUACUUAUUUUAAAAAUCACUUUUCGCUCUAAGAUUUAUGUGUUUACAAUUAUGCGGAAAACGAGCGUUGCCACAUGUUAGAAACCAUAGAUGAUAGAUUUUUUAAUGACUGUGUUUUAUUUAUUUGUAUAUCAUAGUGUUUUGUCGUAGAACUUUCUUCUGCAUCAAGUAUGUAUAUAAAAAAUCUUUACAGGGAUGUCCAAAGUUUUUUCGCGUAUAACUCCUUUUUGCACUGGCGGCGCUUUAAAAAAAUAACCCUGGUCGAGCCAAAAUCGGGGUGUCCAAAGUUUUUUCGCGUAUAACUCCUUAUUGCACUGGAAACCUUUUCAGCUAUUAGUGUGCUAAGUGAUUUUCAAAAUAAGUGAUUUUUACUUAAAAAACCUUAAAUAAAUCUAAAAUUUGAAUUAAAUUGAAUGUUAACAGUGUAAUUUUCAAUAUAUGAUGUGAAAAAUGUGAGAAAAGUGCGUUAAAGUGUAUGAAAUAUAAUGUGCUAUAUAUAGAAAUAAUUGGACUUUUAAAUAGAAAUAUUUCAAAAACUAUUAUAUAAGUCCGAUUAACAAUUCCCUCUCUGGAAAGCCUUCUCUUUCACCCGAUACCCCAUUUAUAUUCGUUAUCAAAAUCCGACCGCCAAAGUAAUCGCAAUCGUGCCAAUGUGACAAAUGGUAAAAUAAUCGAAAGAGCGUUUCUGUGUGGAAAAGUUAAAAACUAAAAUUAUUUUAUGAAUAUUAGGGCAAAUUGUGUUAUAAUUUUAAAAUAACCGUGUAAAUAUAUUUUCAGUAGACCUGUAUACCUCUUCAAAAUCGUGGUCGAAAAGGAAUGAAAUGCAAAAAAUUGUAUUCAAAUCAGUGAAAACUUUGGUUAUAAGUAUAAAAAAUAGUUUAUAAUAAAUACACAAUUGUGUUCGUGUUGCAUAAAUUGAGAAUGAAUCUGUGUUUAACGAAAUAUUUAAAAGUAUUCGUAGAAAAUACAUUUGUGUUUAAAAAAGUUAACAAGUGCAAAUUUUGACGACAACUUCAUAUUAAAAUUAAUAUACCAAACGCGAUUGCAGAAACCUGAAAGGUUUCUCUAUUUCUUGAGGGUUCAAUAUAUCAACGUAAAGAGCAAUAAACGCGCAAUCAUGACAACUCCAUUAGACUGCACCAGCAAUAAACACAAUAUCACAACUACAAUCAGAGCAACGGCAACAAGAACAUGACAAGAACAAGUGAAGCCAAAGUAAGAGCAAUUAAUGGCGAACAUUGCAAAGCGGCGACUGCUGUCAUCAGCAGCAAUGCAAGCGCUCUUACGAACGACGAAACAGAAGUCACAACAGCGACUGUUACUUCAAUAGCAGCGGCAACUGCUCAAUCAACAUCAGGUUUGCCGGCUGACACAGAAACUGCAACCCGCAGUCGCAGCUUCAACUCCAGCGACAAGAAACACGAGCACAAGUCCGGCACGCACCACCGGUUAUGCAAUCAUCCCGAGUCGUAGCCUCAACAGCAGCAACAGUAGCAGCGUUGGUGUUGGCAACAGCAAGAAAGGCGGAAGCGGCAGUGGUAGUGGCACUGGCGGCACGUUCAACUCAAUGGCAACUCGUAUAUGACAGCUGAUAACGCGACGUUGGUGCGCGAUUUGACCGAUGACGAUGGCGAGGAUUCGUAUACGGCCUUUCAGGAGUACCUGGGGCGCGUAGGGCACGAAAUCAACGAAGUAUUCGAGGAACGUCGCGUUCGACAACGCGCCCAACAAAUGCAAGCGAGCGACCGACAUGCCGUACAACUUGAUACAACCGUAUCUAAUGAUGCCGCAGUUAUUAAUAUUUGCCAAAGUAGUGAUAACAGAUUAUCCCAAUGCGAUGUUGUUGACGCUCCAUAUGACAAGUAUAGACAAUGACAGCCGAUUUUCAGUGGCUCCCACUACAGACGACUCGGCUUGUCUUCGCACACAACAGAACUUAAAGCUUAUUACCACCACCUCUAAGUCUCAACGGCCAGACUUCGGAUGACAAGCAGGACGAAGACAACUCUAACUCUGAACCUGUUUGUAGCAACGAAUAAGACGCCACCACAGCCAGCACACAGGAGGAUGUGAAUGUUUGGGCUAAUAAAUUUCUAAGUGAUUUGGAUAAUUUAAUACCUUCCUCACCUCAAUUGCUUUAUGUCGCUGCUACGGCAGCCUUACAGAGCCGUUAUGGCUGAACGUGCCACGUGAGAACUGUGUAGCCAACGGACUCGUGCUACUGCGGCCCGAGAAACAAGUGAGUCGAAAAUUUGAUUUCAUUUUAAUCAAAGUACGAAAGUAAAACUAAUGCCGGUAUUCUGCUUGUCACGUUUGUCUCAUGUCUCUAUUUGUCACAAUUGUGAAUUAGGAUGUAUCAUUUUGUUAUUCAGAGCAUGAUGGCAAUAGAAGAUUCCGCUCAUAUUUCGUCCAUUGCACUAAUUUUUCCGGAAUUAAAUCAGUGAAGUAAUUAAAUCGUUUAUUAAAAGUUUGGAAAAAUUUAAAUGGAAAUAAGUAUUUUAAAUUGCGCAAUGACGAGCAAUCAAUUGCGGUGCGAAUAUAAUAGCUUGUUAAAAGUAUUUCGUGGGCUCGAUUAAAGAAAGUGGCAGUGUAGCUAAGAGUAUAUUGCAACAUUCAACAUUAUUAUUACCGCAGCAACAACAAAAUUUGUUAUAACGGCCAAUCCCUUCGUCCAUUGAAUUCUCAAUGGCCAUUUGCUGACAUGUCCAGGGCUCGUGAGUUGGCCUUACUCGAGAAAUGGACUGAUGCUGCUGCCGCAACUGCCACCAACACUUUCCCACCCCUCGCCUCACCCACCUCCCCGAAGGCAACGAAGUUCUGCUGUUGCCCAAAUCGACGCCGCUACAACUUGAAACACCCAAAGGCGAAGUCCACCUUAGACGCGCGCAACAUUUUCCUGGAUAAUGAUUUUACGUACAUUGAUGAUGCGGAUAAGCAAGGUAACAACAACAGAAACUACAGUAGUGUGCGAAGUAGCGAGGCGUAUAACAGCACCAACAAUUGCGCAGACAGCGUAGCAUUAGUCAGCCUUAAAGGAUUAGACGGACAUCAGUGUGAAACUAACAAGUGGCUGCAAUUGCAACAACAAGAGCGUAGUGAAGAGCCUGCUGCCACAAGUAUCGCUAGCAACUUUGCGGACGAUUACGAUGAUAUCUGUGAUGUUGUCGACAAUGCCGGAAAUUGCAGAUCGCGACUAAUGAAUGUAUCGCACCAAUUGCCAACUAUACAGCAGGAGCAACAACAGCACAAUCUAGUAGAGUUAGUAGCGCAAUGCAACAAACCAGAUCAUUUGCAGCAAAGGCGGCAUGACAAAGGCCCUCAAAAUAAUUGCAAGGGCAACACCCAUAGCAACGAUAAGAGCAAAUAUAACAAAAAUACCAUCUGCGACUGUGGAAACAACCCAAAGCCCACGAGCAAUGAUCAUAUCAGUAGCACCGCGCUGAUUGAAAGCGAUUGUCAACCGAAAGUGCCAGGCACCAACACAGCCGUGGAAACAGCAGCAACAGGAACCGUUGCUGACAACCAUUGUGCGGGCGCAAGUAAAAGUGAUAAAAGUUUCGUUAGUGAACAACAGCAACAGCAAUACCAACGGUUGGCUAGCAACUGGCUAGACGACGACGACAAUAAGAGCGAUCAACUAACAAUCCAAAGACUUAGCAAUAGUGAACUUAAGCAUAGCAAUAAUAUUUGUAAGGAACAACAAACACAACAAGACCGACACUGUGGCAGUGUUAACAUUACAAACGACAAAUGUAACGUUAGUGAGCUACAAGCGCGCUUUAAUUGCCAACUUGACUCAUCUACAACGACGGACGCUCCCGAGUCGAACCGAACGAAUUCACAGCAAAAACAAAGCCAAAACAAUAUCAACAGCAAAAGCAAAAGCGAUAAAAACGCCAACAACGACGAGAACGACAGCAAAAUUGAUUUGCAGAAUAAAAUGACAAUAACCACAACGAAUGCGGCGAGUCGCAAGCUUUCGCGUACUGAGUGUGGGUUGACAUCAACUGGAACAACCCCAGUAACAAACACACCAACAACAACAACGAAAGGCAGCGUGACGACCGACAACGCUUCCACAGCGACCACAUCGGAAAUUGCGCCCAACAGUGCGAGAACAGCGGCGAGCAUGACUGGCAGCACUGCAACAACCAACGUACCCACGUCCGCGUCUGAGUCGAACGCUGCGCCAACAACUAUAGCGGGCAUCUCAGCGGUGCAAUUGAGGAACACUGCUGCAUCACCAACACCAUCGUCGCGCCCUUCAACGCCCUCCCUAACAACUGUGAUCAAAACAACGCUGGUGAAACGAACACCUUCGACGGAAUCGUCCAAAACUCCAUCUCCAGUCACCACACCAACAACAAUAACUAAGUCCAUUGUCACCGCGACAGUGUCGGCACGUGCUUACAACGCUGUGGGCAAUGCUCGAACGGGAGGAGCAGUAGUACCAGGAAAUGCACAGGAACUUCAGGCCGCGUCAACACCGCGCACAUCGGUAAAACAACGCAUUGCGGCCUUUGCCGCUGGAAAUGAGCAACAAACGCGUAAUCAUGACAAUUCCAUUAAGCUGCAGCAGCAGCAAGCACAAAAUCAACAUCACAAUCAGAGCAACGGCAACCAGAACAUGACAAGAACAGGUGAAGCGGCGACUACGGUCAUCCACAACAAUGUAAGCGCUCUUACGAAUGGUGGAGCAGAAGGCCCAGCAGCGACUGUUAAUUCGACAGCAGCGGCAACUGCUUACUCAACAAAAAUUUCUACGGAUGACGCAGCAACAGCAACAGGCACACCAGCAACGGCAGUCGGAGCUGUAACGCCAGUGACAAGAAACACGGGCGCAAGUCUGGCACGCACCACCGGUUAUGCAACCAUCCCGCGCCGUAGCCUCAACAACAGUAACAACAGCUGUGUUGGUGGUGGCCACGGCGCGAAAUGCGGAAGCGGCAGUGGCAAUGGCAACCUGGCCACGACAACUGAUAACACGACGAAUGACGCGACGGCGGAUAGCUGCCGCAAAUUGGCCGCCACUCUGUAUAAUCUCGAUUUGGCUGUGGUGCGCGAUUUGACCGAUGACGACGGAGAAGACUCGUACACGGCCUUUCAGGAGUAUCUGGAGCGCGUAGAGCACGAAAUCAACGAAGUAUUCGAAGAACGUCGCGCUCGACAGCGCGCGCAACAAAUACAAGAGAACGACCAACAUGUCGGGCAGGAUGUUAAAACCAACUUUAAUGAUAGCGCAGUUAUUAGUAACUGCCACAGUUGCGUUAACAGAUUAUCCCAGUGCGACGAAGUUGGCGCGCCAAAAAAUGCGCUCGGUAACAAGGCGGAAAUUACAAGUCAGCAUACGACAAGUAUUGACAAUAACAGUCGAUUUUCAAAACCCACUACAGACGAUACUCGUCUUUGCACUACAACAGAACUCAAAGCUUUACCACCACCACCCCUCGGUCCUAACAGCCACACUUCGGAUGACAACCAGGGUGAUGACAACUCUAAUUCUGACACUCUGGGUAGCAACGAAAAUGUCGCCACCAUAUCCAGCACACAGGAGGAUGUGAAUGUUUGGGCAAAUAAAUUCCUUCGUGAUUUGGAUAAUUUAAUGUCGUCGACCCGUCCACUUUCUCUAAGCGCCUGUUCAUCGCCAACAUCGAAGACCUCACCUCAAUUGCUUUCUGCCGCUGACACGGCGGCCAUACAGAGCCGUUAUGGUCGCUGUGCGGCCGAACGUGCCGAGAACGUUACGGCUAAUGGACUCGUGCUACUGCGGCCCGAGAAACAUACCACCAUUCCAUUGCAAUCGUUUAACCUUGAUUGUGGACGCCUUGAUAAUGGCUCAAACGCCGACAACAACAAUAGCUGCAGCCAUGCUGGCACCAUUUGCACUCCGACCAAGCCGAGUGUUGCCUAUAUGCGAACUUUAUCGGCGCCGACACCAUACCACCAGCAACACCCAGCGGUCCACAAUAGUGGCACCGGCAAUCGCAACAGUUUAGCAACAUUUAAUGCCACAACCGAGCAACAUCGUCGGCAUUAUCAUAAUCUGACAAAUUUACAAUGCGGCAACGAUGCAGCAUCAGCAAGUUUGCCAACAACAACAGCAACAGAAACAAACCCGUCAACAACAGCAACGAUAUUGAAAAUUGAAGAGACAACACCGGUAGCAUCACCAGCAGCUGCGCCUGCAUUUGCAGCGACAAGUGGUAACCGCCGGCCAGCAAUUUCAAUGACAACAUUAAACGGCUGUGCCGCCGCCGUGGCCCAACAAAACGAUGAAGAAUCACUUAAAAGCAGGCGACAGCGUCAAUUGGAAAACGAUAUGGACACAAUGCUCGGCAACAACAACGCCACAGCACAUUUUACGCACAGAGAAAGCACGAGUCAACUAGCACUAGCACAGCAGCUGUGCAAUGGUGAUAAAGGCGGUAACACUGGCUUUAACAGUAGCAACGGCUUGGCGGCAAUGCUGGCAAUACCAAAACGGGAGCGCAUUAAUCAUGCGACGAUGACAACACCAACAUCGGCAAUAUCUACGGCAAAGCUAGGCAACACCGUGCUUUUGCCAUCUACAUUGUUGACCUCAUCAGCAUCAAAGAGUAAUGGCAGUGGCACUCCGGCCUCUUUGUUGUUAAACGGCAGCGAUGUGACCAAAAAAGGAUCGACUUCAACGAUCUGGACAUCUGAGGAGUCAAUAUUGAGGAGUGUUGGCGCCGUCGAUGAAGACAAUAACUCCACUUCAUCCUCGGCAUGCGAAGAGGCUUCCGGUGUUCUCAGCUCCGGUAAGUCGGGUAUAUCGCUCGACUCCUCUGGUCUAGAUAAUGACAACAAUGAAAGUGGCAUUGGUACAGCAACGCCACCGAAAGAAAUCUCCUAUUGGAAGUCGCAACACAACGACAAUGAAUCGAUUAGCAGCUUGGAUGCGCUAAGAAAAAUGAAAUUCCAGAAAAGUGGUUCAGUUAUCUCCUCCGAUGAUCCAGACCUCUUAGAAGUACUCAGCCUAUGCGAUGAACCUCAUGGCGGCGAUGAAGAAAUUACCAUUAAUGGUGGCGAUGAGUCACUCGAUGACAUUGACGAUCAACAUCGUCAGCUGCAUAGACCACCAACAGCUACCACAGCGGCAGACAAGCUAAAACACAAGGUUCAACAUCUGCAAAUGCUACGCGCCACACGUCAACGUCAUCGUCAACAUCAACGCACGCGACAAGAUGACACCGAUAGCAUCGACAUCAAUGAUGCGCUCGAAAAGGCCGAAGCCGUAGAUGAUGGCGGUGUAGAUGUAUCCGAUGUAACGUAUGAGUAUGAUGAGGGCCAUGAUGAUUUCGAAGUUGGUCCAUACUGCGAAUGCGAAUGCAACGAUGGCGAUGCAAGCAGCGCCAGUGGCAGUGGUGGCGGCGGCAGUCGUAACGGUUCCACAUCAGCUAAGGAAACGACUGGCAGUAACUGCGUAGUGCUACGUCGUAAACUUAGCGCUGUGACCACACCAAUUAUGAUGCCUUACGGCGGUGGUGGACGUGCACAGAAAUGUCGCAGCCACUCGCUAGAUACUUCCUCGCUACCUGCUGUCUACUAUCAGUACUCACCAUUGCAACAUCAGCAUCCACAACAACAUCAUCCACUGUCGCGUAAGUUGCAUCAACAUUUGCACGGACGUGGUAGAGAGCGUGGUCAGCUAUCGCUAGCGCUACGUCAGGAACCGUUCCAGUCUUUGUUGUCGCCAACUCAUUUUGCAGAAUUGCCCUCACCAAGUAGCGCAUCACUGCACAGCGGACACGAAAGUCUGGGAAUACAAGAGCUGACGACUAAGUCGAACUCGGCGCCAUUACUGCUGAAGCAGGAGAAGACGAGACGUGAUGACUUUGCCGGGCAGAAGUUGACGCUGCGAUACUCACGAUCGCAAAGUGAUCGAUACUUAGCAGAGAUCGAGGCCGUUGAAGCGUGUAAAUGGUUGCGAGCUGCCGGCUUUCCGCAGUAUGCGCAAAUGUAUGAAGAUCAUCAAUUCCCACUCGACCUGACUAAUGUGGCCAAGGAUCACACCAAUCUAGAGAAUGAUCAACUCCAGUCUCUCUACCGACGUCUCUGCAUUUUGAAUCGCUGUGCCAACAUGCGCCUCGAUCAAUCACACAAGGCGCAAACGCCGCAGGUUUGUCAACUUCCCCUCUCUAAAUUACCCCAUAAAGUACAACAAAUCAUCAACUCACUCACGUACGAUUCAUCCCAGCAGAAGGAGGACUCCGAUGAUGAGAAUUGUGCACUAAGCGAGAAUUGGACAUUCCAGCCACAUAUACGCCGUUGGUCGCGUAUUGGCGAAAUGGGUCUUGAGCUGCCGCCCGCUGGUAAGUUGAAUAUUGAGAAGACAGAAAGCUCAUCCAAGGAGUCCAGUCCAGAUCGUUUUGAAGACGACAGCUAUGACAUGUCUGGCGGCGGUGGACUUUCACUUACACUACCUGGCAAUUCCACAGACUCCAUCCUCAAUGAAUCGACCGAUUCCGCUGCAGUGCGAUUGCGACGCACAGGUAGUGAACGUUUUAAGGAUGGUGCCAAAGCAUUCCUGCGACGUGUAGAGUCUAUAAAAUCUCGUCGACGAAAGCGUCAAAAUCGUGAGGGUAUUGUUAUUAGUGGUCCACAAGCAUUAGAUUUGUCAGAACUGGGCCAGCGUGGUAGCAUACGUAAACCGGAUGCUGUAUAUUCCACACCACCUUCCCCAUCUGCGGUCAGUCCUAUGCAUACAUUCCCGAAGGGUCCUAUGUUUGGAAAUGAACUCAAAGUACCGUCACAAAGUGAAACUUUCCUUAGCCCGAAUCGGGCAAGUCCCAAGCGUACACCAACCACACCACGUUCGAUGCGUGCCAGCCCACUACAUUUCUUCUCCAAUCCGAUGCCACAUUUGAAAGAGGGCAAGUCAGAUGAUUCUUCAUCAUACUACAGCGAUAGCCAAGAAUCGUCAGCAGGUGGUAAACUAUCACUGCGUAAGACUCCAUCAAAAACGCGCAGAUUUCUACAGCGCACUGGUAAGGUAGAUGAUAUAGGCGCACACUCAGACUCCGAAUGCCAUCACGGUAGAAAAUUACUGAUAAAGGAUGCCAACUCGAACACCACGGAGAUAAAAGUCAAGAAGCUGACACGUGGUGGCUCACUUAAUUUAGGUAAAGAUCCUAAAAAACGAGAGGGUUUCCGGUCGGCGAGUUUCCGUUCGCGUUCCACCUCGCGUAAGGAAACCAAACCCGAGGAAGCCGAAAACAUUAAACGCAGUACCCCGGUCGUGCGAUGGCAUAGUUUUCAGAUGGAGGAACGUCCGCACAUGAUUUUCCGAAAAUGUUUCUCGCAGAAGAUCGAUCCUAACAAGAACGAUCAUGGCAUUCCAUUUGUGGCUAUGUCCGCAGGCCAGCUUCACAUUAUACGCAAGCUUGCGUUGGUCAUUCUCACCGGUUAUAUGGAACGCUAUUGUCCAACACAUCGCUCUGGUUGGAAUUGGGAGCUGCCCAAGUUUAUUAAGAAAAUCAAAAUGCCCGACUACAAAGACAAAAAAGUGUUCGGUGUGCCCUUGUUGUUGGUACUGCAACGCACCGGGCAAACGUUGCCGAUUGCGAUACGUGCCGCAUUCCGUUGGCUGCAAGUGCGCGCUCUCGAUCAGAUCGGCCUGUUCCGAAAGAGCGGUGUUAAGUCACGCAUUAUAAAACUAAAGUCAGAGGUGGAGCAACUUGAUUCUACUGCGCUUUGCAUGGAAGUGUAUGACACGCAACAAGCUUACGACGUAGCCGAUAUGUUGAAACAGUAUUUCCGCGAUCUGCCCGAAUCGUUGCUCACCACCAAGAUGUCCGAAACGUUUGCGGCGAUUUUCCAACAUCUCCCCAAGGAUGUGCGUCUAGAAGCAGUACAGUGCGCUGUACUUCUGCUGCCGGAUGAAAAUCGCGAAAUACUCUACGCUUUGUUGGAGUUCUUGACACUAGUAGCGGCCAAUGCAGAGCAAAACCAAAUGACUGCCAAUAACUUGGCGGUAUGCUUGGCGCCUUCGCUUUUCCAUAGCACUAUUUCGACUGGCGUGGCUUCGGUUUCAGCUUCACCAAGGCGGCGCAAGGGUGCCGGUGUGCCCGACGAUAAGGAACUGCAAGAGGCAAAAGCAUCGCACGAGUGCUUAUCUUUUAUGAUUGAAAACUACAAGCAAAUUUUUACAGCGAGCAAAGAGAAGAUAAGCAAAUGCAAUUUCGGCUAUAUGGAAGAGUCGAAGCCGGUGCCAUUGGAGGCGCUCGGCGAAGGCAUGCAGUUUCAUAAUUGGCGGGGAUACCUGUAUGAAUGUACCAAGGCGACCAUCAAAGAAGGCAGAGAGAAAACUCGUGGCUGGUUCACGAUUUCUUCACAAAAUGACAGCAAUGUGGAUAUUGCCUACAAGAAAGUUGGCGACGGCCACCCUUUGCGUUUGUGGCGCUGUGCCACCGAAGUUGAGGGUCCGCCAAAAGAAGUCUUGGACUACAUCAUAAAUCAACGCGCCUCUUGGGACUCCAACUUGCUAGAGAGUCAAACUGUUAAAAAGCUGGACGCCACCACAGAAAUAUUUCAAUAUGCUAUAGACGGGCAGUUCACCACCGAUUUCUGUGUGCUACGUUCGUGGCAAACAACUGACCUGCCGCGCGGUGCCUGUGUCAUUGUGGAGACCUCCAUCGAUCACGCCAAGGCGAAACCUAUGUUCGGCGCCAUUAGGGGGGUUGUGUUGGCUUCGCGCUAUUUGAUAGAGCCCUGUGGUAGUGGACGAUCACGCGUUAUGCACUUGACGCGGGUAGAUGUCAAGGGACGGACACCAGAGUGGUACAACAAGAGUUAUGGACACAUUUGUUCGCUUUAUUUAUCGAAAAUACGUUUGGCAUUCAAGCAUGUAGCUGAUGGCCCUGAAAGUAAGGUGUAAUUUGAAGCAUAUCAAAUAUCGAGUGUUUAAUUUAAGAAAACACAAAUAUGAAAACCAUAAAUUUCGAAACACGAAAACGAGAAACAAGCUAAAGACAUCACAUAACUGAAGGAACCCAGAGAACUGAUUUUAAACGUUUUUUAUCUUGUAACAAAUGUCGCAAAUCCUAAGGCAUUUACUUUUUACGAAAGGUAAACAAAUAAAAAAAGAUAUUUCGAAAAAAAAAAACAAAAAACAACCCAAAUACGAUAAGUUCGAAAGUGCCCAAAAAGAAGUUACAAACUAUUUUUUUUAAUGUUAAAAUAACUAUAAACAUAUUAAACAAAUGCGUAAAUGAAUGCAACUCAUUUAAAUGAUAUUGUUAAAAAACAACAACAAAAAGCGGGUGCAGAACGUUACGCACUUGAAACUGACACCCAGGAAGAGUUACAUAUCCAAUAUUGCUGGCGAUUUUAUUGCAGAGGGUUACAAAUAGUGCCGAGAAAAAUUGGAGCGCGCAAAAAUUGGAACGGAAAUGGGAUUGCAACAAAAAAUAUGCAUUUAUCGCGAGAUAGCGCUCAAAUUUCUUCCUGCAUUACCCAUAUCUAUAUUAACUAAUUCACCUAAGGAACGGGGGAUAUUAAAAUAAUUCCCUAUAAUACUUGUAUAUACUUUAUAAAUUAGGGAAAAUUUUUAUAUUUUUCCAAAUUGACAGUAUGCAAUAUUUUUCGUAGUCUUAAAACAUAACGGAUGUAAAAUUUAAAUCUUAAUGUAAACGCAUAUUGUAUAUAGUAAACAAUUAAUUUAAAAGCCCUAAGGCAUUUUUUUAGAAAUUAAGACAAUUACUUUAUUUGUAACAUAUUAAAAUCAAAAACAAAAAAAUUAAAAUACCGCAAGCAGUUAGCGGAAAUGUAUGUUAGCCCUCUAACACAAGAUAAUACUCAAAACCGAAGCAUCACAAAAGUUUAUUUUUUACCGAAAAUAUAUUUUUUCUUUAAAAAUCUAGAAAACCUAA